AUGCAUUUCAAAGUAUUAGUCGCGUACGUUCUCCGACAACACAUUGCCGUGGCUUUUGGCAAACGUGUUACGGACGUAUCGCCUCACGAUUUCUAUCGAUAUGUCGACGAGCGUUUGCGAGCUCGACGCUUUGGUUUGUGCAACGCAGUCGGCGACAUAUUUGACAUUUUGUUUCAACAGAUGCCGAAAUCGAAUUCACUUGUCGACAUGGUCAGCGCUUGGAUACGGAAAACGGAUCCGCUCGUGAACAUACUGUUCAACGACGAUGCUAAACAGAAAUUUAAACCUUUCAAAUUCGGACGCGCCGAUUUCGACAACUAUAAUUUAAAAUUGUCAGAUUGGCCGUUUUACAACGUUAUCGCAACAGCCGAACACGGCGUACCGUGUCCAACAAUCGAUCCAGAGUCGAAAACUCUAGAGGAUAUUUUUCGCGUAUUUCGACUCUUCGAUUCGCCCGAACAUCCAGCCGAAAAAAUUAAAAUCAACAGUAUGCGCGAUGUACAACGACGACGACAACAACAACAACAACAACAACGACGACGACGUGUAGAACGACGAGCGGUUACAACAGAUGCCGCCGUAGUGGAAAAUGUUGUUGUUGGUGCCGAGCGCUCAAACAAUAGUGUCUGCGAUGCUGGCGCCGGUUCGUCACGACAGUCAUCACCGCCAUCAUCUCCGGUACAAAUGCUGUGGGAACAGUCGCCGCCAUCGACGACGUUCAUACCGGUACCGGCAGUGUCGGAACCGCAAUUGCCGCCGCCGCCGUCCAGUAAACCUGUUGUCGAGUAUGUUGUCGGGCAAGCCGUAAACGUCAAGAGUCCCGGGUAUACAACAACAUCAAAAGCGACUAUGGUUCCGGACGCGUUACAACAAACUCAAUUGGUUACCGACAUGCGUUCGCCGACUGUUGAAAGCGAUUCGGGCGACUAUCAUCAGAUACGGAUUGUAAAAUUAACUAAAAAUGCGGUGUUUCCCACAAAAUCUACACCGUUGUCCGCGGGAUAUGAUUUGUAUUCAGCGAGACGAUAUUUAGUGCCUGCUCACGGUAAGCAGCUGAUCGACACGGAUUUGCAAAUUGCAUUACCCGAGGGAACUUAUGGUCGAAUCGCACCAACGUCGAAACUAUCGUGGAAAAACCACACGAGCGUAUCUGCCGGCGUAAUAGACGCAGACUAUCGCGGUAACGUGCGCGUCGUGUUGUUCAAUCACGGACCCAAUUCGUUCAUGGUUGAACCCGGGGAAAAGGUAGCGCAGCUGAUUUGCGAAAAGUUGGCAUGGCCAAUUGGCGUCAUCGAGUGCUCGGAUUUGGAUUCCACAGUUCGUGGAAACCGCGGUGUCAAACGUAGUGCUGACGACACUUAUAGUACAUAUUUUUAUGAUUUGAUUACGUCGAUUUCUCUAUAA